GGGGCGGAGCCAAGAUGGCGACUCCGAGGGAGGUUAAGAUCGCGCGGCUAAGGCACCCGAGGCUGUGAUGAAGGCAGCGGAGUGGCAGCUUCUGCGCAGUAGGUGGGAGAUGGUGGCGGGGGACCGGGCAGCAGCCCCCAGGCGUCAGAGGACGCCCGACAGUGGAGCUUGCGUCCUCGCGGCUGGAGAACGAAGAGAGAAGGUGCCGGCCGCGUGAAGCUGCGGCUCUCCGCCUGGCAGGGCUUGAGGGGCUCAAAGUCCAAGGCGUCGCUAGUCACCCCGGUGUGUCCGGGUCCCCGGUCUAGAGACAUGACCCGACAGCGCGCCCCGCGGGCCCCGGGGCCGGGAGCGCCGCUGAGCGGGUCGUUGCUGGCCGAGGCGGCGGUGGUGUUCGCCGUGGUGCUGAGCAUUCACGCGGCGGUGAUGGACCGGUACUCGUGGUGCGCCGUGGCCCUCGCGGUGCAGGCCUUCUACGUCCAGUACAAGUGGGACCGGCUGCUGCAGCAGGGGAGCGCCGUCUUCCAGUUCCGAAUGUCCGCCAACAGCGGCCUGCUGCCCGCGGCGAUGGUCAUGCCUUUGCUCGGACUGGUCAUGAAGGAACGCUGCCAGGCCGCCGGGAACCCCUACUUCGAGCGCUUUGGCAUCGUGGUGGCGGCCACCGGCAUGGCCGUGGCCCUCUUCUCGUCGGUGUUGGCCCUGGGCAUCACUCGCCCGGUGCCCACCAACACGUGUGUCAUCGCGGGCUUGGCCGGCUGUGUCAUCACGUAUAUCAUGAAGCACUCGCUGCGGGUGGGCGAGGUCAUCGAGGUCCUGGAGGUCCUUUUGAUCUUCGUCUACCUCAACAUGAUCCUGCUGUACCUGCUCCCCCGCUGCUUCACUCCCGGGGAGGCGCUGCUGGUGUUGGGGGGCAUCAGCUUCCUGCUCAACCAGCUCAUCAAGCGCUCCCUGACCGUGGUGGAAAGCCAGGGCGACCCGGUGGACUUCCUCCUGCUGGUGGCAGUGACGGGGAUGGUCCUCAUGGGCAUCAUCUUCAGCGCCCUCUUUGUCUUCAUGGACUCGGGGACCUGGGCCUCCUCCAUCUUCUUCCACCUGAUGACCUGUGUGCUGGGGCUCGGCGUGGCCCUGCCCUGGCUCUAUCGGCUCAUCCGGAGGAACCCCCUGUUCUGGCUUUUUGAAUUCCUCUUCCAGACAGAAACCCGCCUCUACCUCCUAGCCUACUGGUCUCUGCUGGCCGCCUUUGCCUGCCUGGUGGUCGUGUACCAGAAUGCCAAGCGGUCAUCUUCCGAAUCCAAGAAGCACCAGGCCCCCACCAUUACCCGGAAAUAUUUCCACUUCAUUGUGGUCGCCACCUACGUCCCAGGUAUCAUCUUUGACCGACCACUGCUCCACGUGGCCGCCACUGUGUGUCUGGCAGUCUUCAUCUUUCUAGAGUAUGUGCGCUAUUUCCGCAUUCGGCCCCUGGGCCACACUCUGCGCAGCCUCCUCUCCCUCUUCCUGGAUGAACGGGACAGCGGACCGCUCAUCCUGACACACAUCUACCUACUCCUGGGCAUGUCUCUUCCCAUUUGGCUGAUCCCCAGGCCCUGUACACAGAAGGGUAGCCUGGGAGGAGCGAGAGCCCUAGUCCCCUAUGCCGGCGUCCUGGCUGUGGGUGUGGGUGACACUGUGGCCUCCAUCUUUGGCAGCACCAUAGGGGAAAUCCGCUGGCCCGGAACCAAAAAGACUUUCGAGGGGACCAUGACAUCUAUAUUUGCCCAGAUCAUUUCUGUAGCUCUCAUCUUAAUCUUUGACAGUGAAGUGGACAUAAACCACAGUUAUGCUUGGAUUUUGGGGUCCAUCAGCACAGUGUCCCUCCUAGAAGCAUACACUACGCAGAUAGACAAUCUCCUUUUGCCGCUCUAUCUCCUGAUAUUGCUGAUGGCCUAGCUGUUGUGCAGCAGCAAUGAAGGAAAUAGGGACAUGGAGAGAACAAAUGGUCCCCACAGCGGCCAGCCACUUGGGCAUAAAGAAGCAAGGGGUGAGAAGCAGAUUUGAUUUUUCAGUUGAUUCAGAUUCAAAAUAAAAAUUAAAGCUCUCCUGG